ACCGCUAGUUUCUCAGGAAUUAUAAAUGCGGUGGAUAGACUGUUAAGCGUGUUAAAACUCUAAUUUUCAAAGAAACGUACUAUAUAUAUGUAUAUAUAUAUAUAUAACAACACGUAAUAUUGUAGCUUGAUAACCUUUCCCAACAGCCACCUGUUUUUUGUUUUUUUUUAUGUGGAGUGGGUGUCGUUUAUCGUUUAUCUGAGGACUUGGAGUUUUAUGUUUCACUCAGCGACCGUUGACUUUUUGUCACACAGUUGUGUCUGUGUAAUAUCUACGUUAUAAGUCUUUUUUCGUCGAGAAAAGGGGAGAACGUUUUGAAGAUGUCCGUGGCGGGCUUAAAGAAGCAGUUUUACAAAGCGAGCCAGAUGGUGAGUGAGAAGGUUGGCGGUGCUGAGGGAACUAAACUCGAUGAGGAGUUCAAGGACCUGGAGCGAAAAGUAGAUGUGACAAAUAAAGCUGUGGUAGAAGUCAUCUCUAAAACAUCAGAGUACCUGCAGCCCAAUCCAGCAUCUCGUGCAAAGCUCUCUAUGUUGAACACUAUGUCUAAGAUCAGAGGGCAGGUGAAGAGUCCAGGUUAUCCACAGGCAGAGGGGCUGCUGGGAGAAUGCAUGGCAAAGUAUGGAAGAGAACUUGGAGAGGAAACUAACUUUGGCGGUGCUCUAGUUGAUGUUGGUGAAAGUAUGAAGAGGCUAGCAGAGGUAAAGGAUUCUUUGGACAUUGAUGUCAAACAGAACGUUAUUGACCCUUUACAAGGCUUGUGUGACAAGGACCUGAGAGAGAUACAGCACCAUCUGAAAAAGCUAGAAGGACGCAGGUUGGAUUAUGACUAUAAGAAGAAACGUCAAGGGAAGAUUCCAGAUGAAGAGGUCAGGCAGGCACUGGAGAAGUUUCAUGAAUCUAAGGAGGUGGCUGAGAUCAGCAUGUACAAUCUUCUAGAAACUGAUAUUGAGCAGGUGAGCCAGCUGUCAUCGCUGGUUGAGUCUCAGCUGCAGUACCACAGACAGGCUGUUCAGAUCCUGGAUGAACUGUCAGACAAACUCAGAGACAGGAUGAACGAUGCUCAGUCACGUCCUCGUAAAGAGUAUAUUCCCAAGCCCAAACCUGCAAUUGACUUUGGAGACACUAACGAACACUCAAAUGGUGGCUUCACCCCGAUAUCUGCUCCACCCAUGCACAAUGCAGACCCAUACCACCAGUCUGGCAGAAUGGCAUUGCGGAAAACCAGAUUGCCAGCGGAGCAGCCGUGCUGUAAAGCGCUCUAUGACUUUGAGCCAGAGAAUGAGGGUGAGUUGGGCUUCCAUGAGGGUGACAUCAUCACUCUGACCAAUCAAAUCGAUGAAAACUGGUACGAAGGCAUGCUUCGUGGCCAAUCAGGAUUCUUCCCUCUCAACUACGUGGAGGUGAUCGUUCCUCUUCCACACUAAAAGGUGUCCAAAGAGGAAAAGAGGGGGAGGGGGAGAGAGGAGCAAAAACAAAUAAAAGGGAGAAAGAUGGAGGGAAGUGAGGUAGGGAGAAAGGAGACAGCUGAAGUCAUCUUGGUCUUCAUCCUCACCUGUAUUCACAUUGUUGCCGUUGAUCCAAAUGUACCUGUACUCAGGCACUUUUACACAUUGAUUUAUUUUUGAAGGAGGGAUGGUUGGAAAAUGACAACUUCACAUUCCAGGACUGAAAAUAAGCAUUAACUGACUGACUGACUGACUGACAGACAAGGACAAUUCAACUUGGUUAAGCUUUAGUUUCAUACACUAACACAUUUCAUUUUUUUUUUCUUUUUUUUUUUUUUUAUCAAGUUUGUUAAUAAUGUCUCAAACUAUUUUGUAGUACAUAAACUAAAAAGAAAUGAAUACAGAUAAAGAUACCCCAGUGGGUUUUUAAAGAGCAGUGAGUGUACGUGCUCAAUGCAUGUCCUCGAUUGUUGGAUUGUGAAUGGUUGCAUUUUGACUCGACUGGUCCCUUUACUUCCCCCUGCUGGUCAGGUGCGACGUGUACCUGCCCCUGAUUAAGGAGAAACUGCCUUUUAUCUGUGACGAAAACGUUAACUCCGCACUGUGAGGCUGCAUGUGCAAUGUCCCAAUAAGCAGCAAUCCUGAGCCACAAACCUGUAAAGAGGAAUUAGUCCUUUUAUACACUCCAUAUUUGUAAUGUUUUUCUAUAGCUUUCCUCAUCUAAUAUUUUCAUGCAUUUUUUACAAGAUAUGAUUAGCACCUGGGACAUCAUUUUGUAAAGAUGAACUAAAAUACUUAUGUAAGGGAUGUGUUUCAGGUUGAGAUGGCUUUCUGGGAUAUCUGAAAAAGAUGUUCUAUUCUUACUGCACUACAAUUUUUUAACACUAUGAAGUUUGAAACACUUUGCCAUCCUCUUAUUAUUACAGUUCAACUUCAAACUUGGGGGACUGAUACCAUCCAGUCAUUUUUUGUCUAUUUUCUAAGGAAAACACAGCCAAAUAGUUAUGGAAUGUAAUAAGGUUCUUGAAAUGUGUUCCUCCGGUUGCCUGAAUAUACAGUCUUCCUCUCUUUCUCCUCUUUUGUCAGUUUACUGGUAGUCUAACCAUCUGAUGCUGCUGGCAGUGUCCCAUUAUUUCAGCUGUGAUUAUUUAGACAUGUUUAGGGUGGAUGUUGUCUAAUAACCCCCUUGUUUGAAGUAAGACAAUUUUACAUAGACUUUUUUAAAAUGUAUAUAAAUAUAAACAUUUCUUUCAGUCUUCAGAAAUGAAGGGAUGGUGCUACAUCUCUUGUUCUCUCUUGGGGUGAUGUGGUAUGAUUUAAAAAAAAAAAAAAAAAAAAAAAAAAAACUGUGUCAUUGCAAACUUCACAGUCCCACGCACCUCUUGUCGGUUCUGAACACACCAACUUCUGUCCCUCCACCCACUCCAAGUCCUAUCUGAACAGAGCACCUCUCUAGUGGAUUCUGUAUGCUUUGUCCUUUGCCUACCGGUGUCUGUUUACAUGUGUCAGGCCACCAGAUGUGCUGGAGCAGACAGGUUAAAGUCACUAUCUCAAAGUGAAAACAAAAAGAUGAUUACAGAUUUUUAGUGCCUCUUUGAUGGCAAGAAUGGACCUAGAACAACAAAAAAAAAAUAGUAAUUCUUAUUUUCAAGCUAACAUGUCGUUUAUUUCUGUCUUUGUUUGUUUGUUUGUUUUGUACAAAGAGCUUGUUGGUUUCAGUAUUUGGUAUGAGCUCUGUGACCAGAUGUACAAGCAUGUGUACUGAUGUGCCUUUGCAACACUACAAAUUUAAACAAAUGUGUUAUUUCUGUCUAAUUCAACCGGAGUACCAGAAUAAUCUUAUGAAAAUAAAUCAUUCUGGUUCUACUCUUUUAGUAUUAUAUUAUUUUUUAUAUGUAUACAAAACCAUUCAGCUUUUUUUAAUUAAGAAGUUUUGCAUGUUGGCUUACUAUCAUAGCAGGUUGAUGUAUGUUGUAGUUUUAAAGUCUCCUCUUGUAUGUCUUGGAAGAUUUAACUGCAUUAUAUUGUUAUUCUUAAAUAUCCCAAACCUUAAAUAUUUGUAUUUUAAUGUUGUGUCCAGUCAUCUUUAAGUGAAUAAAUUCAAGAAAGUACCCCAUCUGUUUUACUUGUAAGUGGAGCUUUCUGUUUGUUUUUAUUUUAUUUUAAUAUAAAAAAAUAGUAAUGUCAAGAGCCUCCUUUUCACCAUCAGGCCUAAAAGUAACCAUUGUUGCAUCAUACAGUUCUGUACUAGGGAUGUGCAAGGUUACCAUUUUUAACAUUCUGUUAACCGCAAGGUUUCAUGAAUGGUUAAUCGGUUUUUCAUAUGGAGUCGGGACAUGGGAUUAAAGAAUGUUUAUUAUAAUAGAAUUACCUUAAACACUACACAAAACAGCAGCAAAUAAAAUGUACAGUGAGCUAUGAAUCUAAUACAUACUGUACAUCUUUAAAUGAAAAAGUCUUGCAUUAAAGUCAAACAAAAAUAAUAAAACUGCCACUGCCAGUAUAUGCGCUCUGCACGGGCAGGUUCACACAUCGGUGAGGCAGCGAACGCAAAUAUUAUGUGCGUGGGGUCACAGUAAAUAGCCUCUUCAUGGUGCUUUGAUUUUUAAAUGGUUUAAAAUCAAAUUACAUUGAAUUUGUCUAAUUAUUAUACUAAAUAUGCACACCAGAGCAAAAGGGAAAAAACACAUUCUUACUGUUUAUAAAGCGUUGAAAUGUUGCUUGGUGAAAAACAAACUGGAAUCAUGUUUAAUGGUGUAACGUCACAUAAAGUACUCUUCUUCAGAACGCAGAACAACGAAUGAAACACAAUGCAGGUGUUUCGAGAUGCAUUUAUAAAAACUGAAGUCUUUUGAACUUUUACUCGUGUCUAAAAAUGUGGCGAUCCUGCGCCAGGCGCUGAGAGAAAAAAGUGAGAUUCAGUCAGCGAAACAGUAAAAGACUUCCAUACAGCACGUGCCAGUACCACUGAUCUAUAACAGUGCAGAUCCACACAAAAGGCAUGUUUGAACAGCCCCUAACUCACCCUAAUCUGAUGGUUUGUCGGAACUCAUCGAGCUCUAGUCAGGUUGCAGACCUGUAUUGCACGUGUAGAAUAACCGAAUAGAGGUUUUGAUAUUCGAAUAGUAGCAGAUCGAACGGUUAACCGAAUGUCGAAUAUCCGUGCACAUCCCUAUUCUGUAAUGAUGCAGACUCAUUGCCACUGUUAUGGUUUCUUUUUCAAUUGUGCUGCUGUGCAAUCAUGAAUAGAAUGGACGGACUAGGCAAUUGACCAAUCGUGAGUUGUCAUGUCACUAAAGCCAUUUCACCAGCAUGGUUCUCAGUUCUGAGUAUGGUUACAGUGCUGUGAAUUCUGGGCCAGGAAUGGUUUGCAGUAGAAUCGAAAGCGUUAAAGUGAAAAUGCCACUAAAACCGUUACUCACCGUGCUCAGAAAAGCUUGGCACGAUGGUGGAAAAGCGGCUAAGAUGUUAAAAUCAGAAGCAAAUGAAAUGAGUUUCAUGUGUUCCAGUGUAUAUUUUCAGGUUUCAGCAGGUAAAAGGCAUUUGUCCCAUAUUGCGUAGUCAACAUGGCACAAAUCUAAGCACAUAAACAGAUAAAAUACCAGCAAAAAAAGUGAGGGAGAUAGAGAGAGAGGGGGAGAGAGAGAGAGAGAGAGAGAGAGAGAGAGAGAGAGAGAGAGAGAGAGAGAGAGAGACUCAUUAACCUGUCUUCUCUUUCCUAACUACCCACAAGAAUUUUCUAACACAGAGGAAGACAUGUUCACAGCACAGGUAUGGCAGAACCGCAUAAACCACAGCCAGUAAUACAGACCUAACCGUCCUAAAGGCAACAGUUUGGACAGAAGCACAUAUGGUAUUUCCUCCAUGAAGGCAUUUCAUAUACAGUAUAACAGUGCAUAGACAGUAAUGCACAGGUUGAGAGUUCCUAAGUCAGCACUGACCGAUAAACUGAACAGUUCUAACAACCUGACUCAAACACGCACAGACACACACUGCUCUAGUCACUGUGUGUUGCACAGUUGGUUGUACACAUGCUCUAGGAUCUGCGUAUACACCUUGUCUUUUGGUGUGUAGCCACUUAGAGAAGCCUGAGGAUGAAACAACACAAAGUGGUUAAAAAUGCACAUCUCUGGAAUGUUAUUGGUCAGAGUUACAAUCAUACUUUACUGUCAGAUCCAAUCUAUUAAUGUAUUAAAAUACUGUAAUUGGCACUGAAUAAAGUAUUCAGUAAAUACUCUCAGCCAGCUGUAAAUUAUAACGUUCUUAACGAUAAUCCAUGAGUCCAUGAUUUAAGUUUUAAUCAAAACAUUUAUUUUAUUUUUUUAAUGAAGAAAAGCUAUCAAAGCAGUCCUAGACUUUGUCGAGUAUUGAGGUAUUAGGACUCCAUAUCUUACUGAACUAAACCAGGUCUGGAGCAGACCUAUAAAACUCCACUAUUAGCGUCUACACACAGAGAUAAAGUUUUUUAUUUCAGCCAUAGUUUUACUCAAGAUUUCGUAAUCCUGGUUAAUAAAACAUAAAGUUAUGUAGAAUACUUUAAUAAUCUAAUCUACUGUACGUUGAGGUAUUACUCCGUGCUAAAAAGACUACACAAUAUAUUCCUGAGGCACAAAGAAUUGUAGCAGAAACUGAUAUCCCUGUUUUCCCAACAUUGUUUACAAUGGUGAACUUGUUAAAUAAAUUUUAAUCAUCUAAUUAACACAUCUGUAGUGAGGAAGUUGUCAGCACGCCCUGGGAUUCGAACUAGUGAACUCCAGGGUUGGUAUAGCCAGCGUCUUUUACGACUGAGCUACCCAGGGCCCUUGUUUGCCACACAUUUAAUGGUAGAUACACAGGCUGCACGCUCUUCUCAUACAUGAGAAAAUUAACAAACCAUUAGCAUCACAAAACAUAAAAGUAUAAUAAAGGUCAGGAAGAGCAUCUUCCUCCUGCACCUGUACACAGACUGAGUAGUAACUCUCUAAUCCCACAGCACACGCAUAUGCAAAUGAGAUGGUCAGUGUUUUAAAGGUACCCUGCAUACUAAUAGAAUGCAUGUAAAUACAUUGUCUUAAUCGUUACAGAACGAUCAUAUUUUUUAUCAAGAAAAUUCAUGUUGGCUCAUAAUUUAUUUUUUUCUAGUAAGACCUUUGAUAAAAGGGCAAAAAAUCAUAUUCUCGAUAAUAAUUUUUGUAUUGUUUUCCUGUAAAAAUAUCUAAAAAUCCUUAAAACAAGAUCAAUUUGAUUUUUCUUGUUUUAGAAACAACACUGCAUAAGAUAUUUAGGAUUUUCAGAGAAUGUAUUUUUAACGUGUAUUUUGUCUUACUGUACUGGCAGAGUUUUUAUAGUCAAAACAAGUGAAAAAAUCUACCACUGCUGAAGUAGUAAUCCAAAGUAUUUAGAAAACAUUACUGACCUUGAGUAAUCUAACGAAAUACGUUACAAAUUACAUUUUACAGCAUGUGUAAUCUGUAGUGGAAUACAUUUCAAAAGUAACCCUUCCAACCCUGACUUUAGGUAACUAAGACUAAACUAAAUUUGGACACCACUUAGAGUAGCAUCAUUCUUGACAUCAACGUGGCAAGGAUAGUGACAACACAAGUGAGUCAAGACACUACAGUAAUUAAUAUAAACGCAAAGAGGACUGUAGCAAAAUGGAACAUUCCCUCCUUUUAAUCUCACUAUAAUUGUCUAUUUUUGCUGUAUUGUGACAUAAAUCAUGAAUUAGGGCAUUUCAUGUUUUUGAUUAAUACAACUGUAAAUAAAUGUAUUUAUUAAGCAUUUAUAACAUGUUUGUAAAAAUGCUCACUAUUUGGCAAGUAUUGCAUGAAAGUCGUCCUUUUCAUUCAUGUUGUUAUAACUGCAUAUCAAUGAUUCAUAAUGCAUUUGUAAAUUACUUUAUCAUCAUUAAUGAAGCCCUUUAUAAACCAUUAACAAAGGGAACAUUAAUUCACAGCAUUACACAAAAUUUUGCUUUUAGCUGCAGAAGCUGUAUUCAUAAAUACUCUGCCAGUCUAAAAAUGUCCUGUUACACUAUAUUCUAUAUUACCCUUGGGUGCUUUGUUCUGAUAUCAGUAAUAAAAGUGGUUGU